AUGAAGGCUAGGGGAAUGAACGUUUCACGAUCAGAAUUGCCGCAGGAUAUUGGAAUGCUGCCAGGGACGUUUAUUCGGCCGUUAUGGGGAGAUUUACCCUCCAUCUUUAAACAACCUAAGGAAAGACUACACUUUGAAUGGUUGUGGUUGAAGUCGUGGUUCCAAAACUUCACUGCCCUUUUUUACUUCAGUAAGUUUAAGGGGAAUUCGCAGCCAUUACUGUUGAAAGAGCGACGGCAAAUAGCUCUCAAGCUUCACAAACAGAUGUACACCGCAUACGCCAACGGAGACGCAAAGACAAUUCGCAAAAUCUGCUGCACUGGCCUUGCAAACGACCUCACCCGCCGCAUUUCGACGCGUCCUCAAGGCGAAAAAGUCACCUGGUCCUUGGAUAAAUACAUCCGCGGCCCGUCAACCCUGUUCACCGGAAUUCGCGUUUUGGCAGAUCGCCUAACUGAGAUCCCCGAGCUUCCGAAUUCCAGCGUCCGUCAGGUCACUGUGCGCAUCACGAGUCGGCAGUCGACAGGCAAAAUCCAGCAACAGAAACCCGGCGCCAAAGAUGUAGCCGAGCAACCGCCCACCAAGUCGCGGGACUGUACCGAAUAUAUCGUUAUUCAGAAAUUCAAGUGGAUGGGUGAGGAAGACCAGUGGCGCAUUUGGGGCCAGACUACGGCAACAACCAUCGAGGAUCUUGACAGUCCUUUCUUUGCUAUGGGGGUUUCACUUGCAGAUCGAUACGAGGCUAUGAAGGAUUCUAUGGGCCGCCGGUGA